GUAACAGCAAAUCGCUUGCAGUGCGUCGACCGAGACCAAAGCACAUCAGACGCCAAGUGAAAGGAUUCAGUUCCUCAGUUCAACUCAGUUGAUUGGUGUCAUAGAGUAGGAUUAUGGUGUUGAUAUCGUAACAGGUUGUGAUUUGUGAACGUCUACCUACUUAUUAAAAUAAGAAAAUGGUGCUAAAACUAUACGGAGUGUCUGACGGCCCGCCAUCUAUUUCGGUGAGGCAGGCUUUGACGUUAUUGGAGAUCCCGUUUGAACUGAUCAACGUCGACUAUGGUCAAGGAGAACACAUGACUGCGGAGUAUGCGAAGAUGAACCCACAAAAAGAGAUUCCUGUAUUGGACGAUGACGGGUUCUUCCUCAGCGAAAGCAAUGCAAUCCUGCAGUACAUUUGCGAUAAAUAUAAGCCAGGGUCUGAUCUGUAUCCACAGGAACCUAAAGCCAGGGCCAUCGUGAAUCAUCGGCUUUGCUUCAACCUAUCAACUUACUACGCCAACAUAUCUGCAUACACAGUAGCUCCAGUGUUUUUCGACUAUGAACGCACAGAAUUCGGAUUGAAGAAAGUUCACAUGGCAUUGGACGUUUUGGAAACGUAUUUUGAGAGAUCGGGAACCAGUUACGCGGCGGCGAAUCACUUAACUAUCGCAGAUUUUCCUCUCAUUAACACCAAUAUGACUAUGGAAGCUAUUGGUCUGGACUUCAGCAAAUAUAAAAGGAUCUCCAAGUGGUACAAUGAUUUUAAGAAGAAUUAUCCUGAACUUUGGAAGAUCUCUGAAGGUGCGAUGAAGGAAGUUCAAUACUUCAUGGAGAACCCUCCUGAUUUAACACAUUUGAAUCAUCCAAUACACCCGGCGCGAAAAAUUAAAAAAUAAAUGUAUUCUAGGUUGG